GCGGCGUCCGCCCCGCGGUCCCGGGCCGCCCGGGCCAUGCGGCCUCCGCCACUGUGGCUGCCGUCGCUGCUGUUCUGUGGGCUCGGCGCUACGAUGUCUCUGCCAGACUCUUUUUCCCAGCUUGCUGCUCCUCUGAACCCGAAGCUUCACCUGUACAACGAAGAGCAGAUUCUAACUUGGGAGCCGUCGCCUUCCAGCAACGACGCGAGACCAGUGGUCUACCAGGUCAUGGUAGCAAAGCCAAAUCUACAGGAGAGUCAAGUUAGCAGUUCAAAUUCACCAUCACAGAUGCCCGGCACUCUCUCGCACAACAAGUUAGAUGGCACUUGGUAUAGGUUGCAGAGGCUGAACUGUACAGACAUCGCAGAGACUAAGUGUGACUUCACAGGAGGCGGCCGCUUAAAGGGUUUCACACGCUCACUCUCUGUCUUCCUGCGGGUGCGAGCCAAGCAAGGAAAUCGCACUUCCGACUGGGUGACGCUGGAUCCGUUUCUACACUACGAGAAUGUUACUGUUGGACCUCCAAAAAACAUCUCGGUGACCCCAGGAAAAGACUCCCUCGUCCUACACUUUUCUCCUCCCUUUAAUGUGGACCAGGGGGCAACUUUUCAGUAUCUUGUCCACUACUGGGAGAAGACAGGAACCCAACAGGUUGAAGGCCCUUUCAAGAGCAACUCCAUUGUGCUGGGUAAUCUGAAGCCAUUCAGAGUAUAUUGUUUACAAACUGAGGCACAACUGAUUUUGAAAAACAAAAAUAUCCGACCACACGGGCUUUUGAGCAAUGUAUCCUGUCAUGAAACAACAGCAGAUGCCUCCACCAGGCUGCCGCCCGUCAUCCUGAUCCCUGUGGGCAUCUUCACAUUGCUGCUGGUGCUGACAGGAGCCUGCUUCAUCCUGUUCCUCAGAUACCAAAGCCGGCUGAAAUACUGGUUUCAAGCUCCACCAAACAUCCCAGAACAGAUAAAAGAGUAUUUAAAGGACCCAGAUCAAUUCAUCUUGGAGGCCUUGGACAAGGACAGUUCACCGAAGGAUGAUUCCUGGGACUCCGUGUCAAUCAUUUCUUCUCCAGAAAAGGAUUGAGAUGAUGUGUUUCAAACACCAUGAACUAGGCCAUGGUCUCUGCUUGCCCAGGAUGACAGUGUUCAGGGCAGCUUCGAGAGACCCCCAGUGCCCCAGGGACAUCUGCCUCGGAGCUGGGGGAGAUGGCGUAUUGUUUAUUCUUUGAGUUUUCUGGAUCCUACAAGUAUCUAAAAGGAUUCCAUAGAAAGAUAUCUCAGGAAAAAAAAAAAAGGUUUCUCUUAAACACUAAAAGGACAAUUACUCAUUACUGGCAACAUGGCUGCAAACCUGUGAUGCUUUCUUCGGUAUUAGCUGCCCCAGCUGUCAGAAGACUGGGUCCUUGCCUUCACUCUAGAAAAUGAGUUGUCCCACGCAUCACAGCCUGUCACAAAGAAGGGCCCUUUGUGUCCUCUUCAUGUCCAUUGUGAUGGCUUAAAUGUGACUACCCUGAACUCAGCGUUUGCCUAGAAUAUCCAAGCCCCACCCCAGCACCUCACGCACAUAGAGGUGAUUAAUCUUGUAAAUACUGUCCUGAUAAUUUAAGUCGUUUUUUAAAAUCUAGAAAUAAAAGAUUGUAUAUUAAACUUUUUUUUAAAGUC